UCCAAAGCCCUUUCUGUUCUUUCAUUUUUUUUGUCAUUGCUCUUUAUCUAACAGGUGAUUUGACAUGUCUCCUGCAAUGUUAGUAGCUGAUGACGAUGAGAGGUGCUACGACGAAACUGCAGAAAGCCAAUAUCAGAAAGGUGUGAAGCUGCUCUGUGAAAAUGGGCUACAUAGGGUACCAAAGAAAUACAUAUUGCCUGCCUCUGAACGACCCAGUAGUACGAAUACAGGAGAUCCGAAUGUUACCAACAGACAAAAUCUUCAGUUACCCAUCAUCGAUUUUGCUGAUUUGCUGGGUCCAAAGAGGUCCCAGGUCCUCAAUUCCCUAGCUGAGGCCUGCCAACUGUACGGAUUCUUCCAGGUGUGUGUAUAUAUAUUUGGAAUCAAGUUCUGGAAGUCAAACCACACACACACACAGACGCACACACGUUUACUUGAGAGAAUACAAUCAGAAUCUGAUAAUUCAAGUUUGGCGCAGCUGGUGAAUCAUGGGAUCCAAGAAGAUGUUACAAGGAAGAUGAUAGAAGUGAGUGGGCGGUUCUUCAAUCUUGCUUUUGAGGAAAGAGCCAAGUACAUGACCCCUGAUAUUAGGGCUCCUGUUCGAUAUGGGACCAGCUUCAGCCAAACCAGAGACACUGUCUUCUGUUGGAGGGACUUCUUGAAACUGCAGUGCCAUCCCUUGCCAGAUUUCCUCCCUCACUGGCCUGCUUCCCCCGUCGACUUGCGGGAAGUGGCGUCUACCUACGCACAAGAAACCAAACACUUGUUUCUGGCACUAAUGGAAGCCAUCCUAGAGAGUUUAGGAAUUGUGGAAGCCAGCCAAGAGGAGACAGAAAAGAAAGAAAUUCUUAAAGACUUCAAAGAUGGGAGCCAGAUAAUGGUGGCCAAUUACUACCCACCAUGCCCAGAACCAGACCUAACUCUUGGCAUGCCUCCUCACUCUGAUUAUGGCUUCCUCACCCUUCUCCUUCAAGAUGACGUCGAGGGCUUGCAGAUCCACCAUCAACAACAUUGGCUUACCGUUGACCCUAUGCCUAACGCCUUCGUUGUUAACGUUGGAGAUCACUUAGAGAUAUACAGUAAUGGGAAGUACAAGAGUGUACUACACAGGGUUUUGGUGAACGGUGUGAAGAGUAGAAGAUCGGUGGCUUCGUUGCAUAGCCUGCCGUUCAACUGCGUGGUGCGACCUUCACCAAAAGUCAUAGACGAAAUGAAUCCGAAGCGUUAUAAAGACACAGAUUUUGGGAGUUUUCUCGAGUAUAUUUCCACGAAAGUGCCCAAGAGAAAGGAUUUCCUGGAGUCGAGGAAAUUGACUAAUUAAUUUUGGAGAAAAUUGGUGAAGAUAAUGGAGAAAUUUGAAA